UCCUUCUUCCCCAAGCUUUUCGUUUCUUCUUCCAUUCCCAUUUUCUCUCUCACACAUGUUGUUUUCCUGAGAAAGCAGAGAAAAAGAAAGAAAGAAAAGAAAAUGUUUCGUUUACCUCCUCCUCCGUCACUCCCCGACGGCGGUGUUCCUGCUAUUCCCGCUUUUGUUAUCAUUGCUAUUUUCGUUUUCAUUUUUCUCUUCGUAAAAAUUACAGAUAGUUCUACAAACUAUUGCAUUUACUCUUAGGCGAGAUCUUCAUCCUUUUAGGUUUUUUAGUAGCUUCUUCUUGACGCGUUUAACAUCAUUCUUGCAAGGUUUAGUCCAAGUCUUGUUGCUUCAAAAACUCUAGCUAGGUUAUUCCAGAGAUUCUAACGUCUUUGCGUCAAUAAUCGUUGACGAAGUAUUUUCCCGAGAAAAUGAGCCGAGAAAGUGGAACCGCGACAUUCUCGACGCCGUCUCCUUCUGAUGUUGACGUCCUAGAUCCUAACAAGCGGGCAAAAAUUUCAUAUGCAAGAGAAUUUCUUCUCUCCUUAGACAUAGCGGACAGCAUAGUAAAAUCACCGUUGGAGGCUCAGCCCUUAAUUCCAUGUGUGGUUGACGAGGCACCCGGCCUUUUGUCUUCACCUUUAUGUGCUCCAGAUUACAAAUGUCAAAGUGUGCCCCAACAAUUAUCUCCGAACGUUGUGGAUGAUGUUAGUCAACUACUGCAUAGAAGUGAUGAACCGUAUAGGCCUCCAUGUCGCUACAAGGCACGUACUUCAAUUAGAGAUGGCAAUGACUCGCUUAAUGGUGACACAUCUGAAUCUUCUGAGUGUACAGAUCAAGAGAGAGCAGAUCGGGAAACAUGGAGAAAAGACACUGUCAGUGUGACAAAGGAGGACAAAUGGCAUUCUAGCAAAAAUGCUGGUUCCAAGGAUUCUCGAGACGAAUUUCUGAUGUCCCCAGCAAAAGGAAACUCGAAGAACUUGCAGUUUACUUCAAGUGUAAUCAGUAAGCAAUUAGAUGCUUCACAGAAAUCAAGUCACAUUCAAGGACCUGUAAGAGGUGAUGCUGGUCUUCCACCCAAACUGCUAGAGACUGCUAAAAAUUGUCCUACCCCACUCCAGCAAGUGCAAGAUUUAACUACUGUUGGAACAGUAAAUCCAGGGCUGAAAACUGUAAAUCAGACUGAUAAAGUUGUGCACCCUAAAGAACGUUCCAACUUGGAUGUGGAAGAUCUAGAAGGAAUUGCCCAUGUUAAGGAAUCCCUAAAGAAAAGCAUGCCUCCAAGCUUCUUAAGCAAAGAUAACUGUGGAAAUCACAAGAAUCAUUGUGAAGUGGCACAUGAACAAGGUUUCAUGGAGUUGCAAUUAAGCAAUUCACCUGUUAGUGUCUAUUAUUCUCCAGGAAAAAUUUCAACAAAUGAUCCCUUGGAGGCAUAUAUCUCUCCUACUAGUGUGGAAAAGGGAAAACAGUUUGCUUCAUUGAUUGAUGACUGUGAAUCAUCUACGGUAUAUUGUAAAGGCAUUUCAGUUAGGAUGAACCAAAAUCCAUCCUGCCCUGAUUUCCAAAUUCACCAGGAGUUGGAAUCAGAAUCUUUCAGCUGUAGUUCUGAUGGAGAAUCAAAUUCGAGCUUUGAACUUUGUUUGCCUGACGAGGACAGUUUAAUUACAUUUGAUGAACUAUUCUUGAUGCCUGAUGUGGAAAAUUUGACAGUGUUUGAUAGUUCCAUGUCUAGCAGCCCGGAAAGCAAUCUAAUUGAAGCUGAUGUGUUUAGCCCAAGCUCACCUCGUGAAAUGGUUGAGAAGCUAGUGGAGUUUAUACUCAAUGAUGAAAUUUCUACACCCCAUGUGGAUGAUCCAAUAGUGCACCAUGGAGCUGGAUUGGGGCGCUUUUCCCACUCUAUGCAUGCACAGAAAACUCCCCCAAAGUUCUGCUCCAAUCAGUUGAAUCCAGAGAGGGAUCCACAAGACCAUGAUAAAUUUCAAAGAAACUCCAUUGAUUCAGCCAUAUAUUCUUUUUAUUCCCACUCUUUCCCAUCCAACACAUUUUCUCAACCUCUCCCUCUUAAUCAUGACGAACUGAAAAGGUUUGAUCAUGAAGUUAGUCAAUCAAUGCUCCAGCAGAUUAUAAAUCCAGGCAAACUUAAUCUCUGCUCAUUACAAAGUGGACUAACACCGAAUCUGCCAGCACUCCAGAUGGCUUCUUGCACACAAAAGCUAAAUUCAAUGCAGACUCGUCCCUUUGCAUAUCAGGAACCAAAAAACUAUGGGGAUUUUGUAAAACCAAGUCCCGAUUUCCAAGGUGAUGGCAACAUCAAUCCAGCUCUAGUUGAUAGUUUCAUUGAAGAGAAAUUGCGAUCAAGUCACUGGCACCCUCAUGUGCAAGGUUUCUAGCGGCAGACUUUUGACCACAACCAGCACCAGCUGAGGCGAAGAUGGAAUAGUAGUGCGGUAUGAACAAUGGUACAUAGAUGACAAUUGGCUACCCAGAAUUUUCAUAUUUGGUAGUGAAAUAAUUGUGAAGCUGUGUAAAUAGACCUCUCCUAGUUACAGUCAGAAUCAAAUAUAGUUAGUAGACGAUGUACAUGGAAAAUGGAAAUUUCAUAACUAGAAUGAUGCAUUAGUAAACAGCAGGCUAUAACAUAGUAGUUACAGUAGCAAUACAUGAUCUCUUCAUAUGUUAGUGCGACGCUUGUAAGAGUAACUGACACCGUUUCUUCACGUGUGACUAUUAAUUUUGUCGUCUCAGC